CCACUGUAUGUAGGUACCUACGAUAGUAGCCACCUAAACCUAUAUAUAGUAGGUAACUGUAGGCACCUACACCUAAUGUAGCAACCGUACCUGCCUGCUAACUGCUGACAGGUCCCCCUCCCUUAGCCCGUCUAUAGUAAUAUACCUUAGAGGUACGUAGUGUGCGCGGCUCGUGUACGCGUUAGCAUGUGUAUAAUCUAGGUAUCCAUGGUGGGUUCGUCCGGCGUCCGGGCAAGUUGUUAGCCUCAGCGGAUGACGGCAUUCUUGUCACCCAAUUUUUUUUUUCCCCUCUGUCUUUUCUCUCCGAUUUGUUUCUAUUUGCCUAGUUGGUUGGUUAGAUUUUCCCCUGUGAUCUCCUACUCUGGAAGCGUCACCAGCAAACGCCCACAGCGGCGUAAUCCGAGCGAAACCUACAUACUGCGGGCAACGGGCAGGUCUGCGUCGGUUCCCAUGAGGACGCGACGAGAAUAAAGCGCUCAAGAUGCCUUCGGCAGCGUUGGGACGCGCCAUGAUGGGGAGUCUCCCACCACGCGGUGCCGGCAUCGCAAAGCUCGCCUGCCAUCUUGCCGCCCUGCCUCCCUACGAGUCCUCCUCGCUACUCGGCCGCCCAAUGGUUCUCCGAGUCUCCCCCCAAUCUCAUUUGCACACCACCACGACCCCGCUCGCCACGAUCCGCCCCUCGUCCCGUGUCCUCCGAUCGCCAACGCCCCCACCCAGCUCUCCUCCGACGCCUCUCUGCUUUACAUCUACUUCGCGACUCCCAGUGUCACCCUCGCCGUGGCGCCCCCCCACCGGCAUCCUCACACGGUCUUACGCCAGCCAGCCGGCGAGUCAAGUUCGUCAGAAUGUGGCAGUUCUGAGCGGUCGAGAGAAGAACAGUGCGACGGCUACCCCCGAGGUCGUCAACCCCGCGAAUACCGAUCUGCAGGCCCACGAGGGCUUCGGCAAGAGUGAGAAGGCUUCCAAGGCGGCCCACGUCAACCUGCGGGCUCGUCUCUCGCACGACGGCAAAGACUCCAAAAAGCCGCAGGCCUCUCUCGGCGAGAUCUGGCGGCUCGUUAAGAUUGCGAAGCCCGAAGCCAAGCCGCUCGCGCUCGCCGUCGUCUUGCUCCUCAUCUCGUCCUCCCUCUUCGUUUCUCUCCCUCUCGUUGUUGGUAAGGUUAUGAACUUGGCUACCUCUAAAACCAUCGAGGAGACCGAAGUCUUUGGCCUAUCGCUCUACCAGUUCUUCGCCGCUUUCGGUGUAGCUCUCACCGUCGGUGCGUGCGCCAACUUCGGGCGUAUCGUUCUCCUUCGCAUCAUCGGAGAGCGGGUCGUUACGCGCCUGAGGUCCCAGCUCUUUAGGAAGACAUAUAGCCAGGACGCCGAGUUUUUCGACGCGAACAGGGUCGGCGACCUCAUCUCCCGACUCAGCACGGAUACGAUCGUCGUCGGUAAAAGCAUUACCCAGAAUGUCUCGGACGGCAUGAGAUCUAUCGUCAAUAGUGUUUCGGGACUCGCCCUGAUGGCCUGGCUCAGCCCUAGUCUUACUGCCGUUAUCUUAGUCGCUGCUCCCUUUAUCGGCACUGCUUCUUUCGUUUACUCGCGGAUUAUCCGAAAGCUGAGCCGCAAGAUGCAGCAGAACCUGGGAACCUUAACCAAGAUCGCGGAGGAACGGCUGGGAAAUGUAAAGACUAGCCAGGCUUUCGUCGGCGAGGGCCAGGAGGUCCGGCGGUAUAAUAAGCAAGUCAGGAAAGUCUUUGAGCUCGGGAAGAAACAAUCCAUAUACGACGCAUCCUACUUUUCCGGCACGUCCUGGAUGGGCAACAUGACCAUCAUCGCAUUGCUCUGGUUCGGCGGAAAUCUGGUGAGAGACGGCAUAAUGACCGCCGGCGACCUCACUACUUUCGUCAUGUACGCGUUCUGGGCUGGCGGUGGCUUAUUCGGCGUUGCCAGCUUCUACUCGGAGCUGAUGAAGGGGGUUGGUGCGGCCACGCGCAUCUUCGAGCUCCAGGACCGCAACAUGGGCAUCUCCUCGACGAAGGGCGUCAAAGUCACAUCGGCGCAGGGUCCCAUCACAUUCUCGAACGUCACAUUUGCGUAUCCAACCCGACCCGCCGUCACAAUCUUUAAUGGGCUCAACUUCGAGAUCCCCUCAGGAACCAACGUGUGCAUUGUUGGUCCGUCAGGCGGUGGAAAGUCAACCGUAUCUUCCUUACUUUUGCGAUUCUACGAUGUCACGUCCGGUAGCAUCAGCAUCAACGGGGUGGACAUUUCCAAGAUGAAUGCGAAGUCUCUGCGGCGCCGCAUCGGCAUGGUGUCCCAAGAACCAGUGCUGUUUUCCGGUACCGUUGCCGAGAACAUCGCUUACGGGAAACCAGAUGCUACCAGAGCUGAGGUGGUGACGGCCGCGCAAAAAGCCAACUGCGGUUUUAUCAGUGACUUUCCCCAAGGUCUAGAAACUCAGGUCGGCCCGAGAGGCACGCAGCUGUCGGGCGGGCAGAAGCAACGCAUUGCUAUUGCACGAGCCCUAAUCAAGGAUCCGGACAUUCUCAUCCUGGACGAAGCCACGUCGGCCCUCGACGCGGAAUCCGAGACGGCGGUCAACCUAGCACUGACGGCGCUGCUGAAGGGCCGCCGGCGGACUACGAUCUCGAUCGCCCAUCGGCUCUCUACUAUCAAGCGAUCGGACAGCCUCAUCGUACUGUCGAGCAACGGCACGGUUGCGGAAGUCGGAUCAUUCGAAGAGCUCAGCGCCAAUCCUAAGAGUGAAUUUUCUCGACUGAUGGAAUGGCAGAUGAGCGGCGGCGAGGUUCCAACCGCGGCUAGGAGAGGACCCCAGCUCUCGGAAUCGGAGAUCAUCGAGGAAGAGCUCGAAGAAGGCGAGGAAGACGAGGAGGAAGACGAGGAAGAUGGGCCCAGAGAGGAGACGCGGCAGAAAUCUGAGAAGUAAUUUCGAGUCCCCACCCGCUCUUGGGGACUGGGCGGGAGGGAAAGCCUAUCGCACACAACGGAUUG